ACUCACCGAUGCAGACUGUAGUGCAGAUGAUCCUGAUUUCAUGUUAGAACGUAAUGAGUUGAGCGAAUUAUUUGCUUCUGUAGACAAAGAUGUCACAAUAACAAAACAGAAUGAAACCAGUUAUUCUGAUAACUUUCUCUAAGAUUUCAAUGUUGUUCAUGCAUGCAAUGAUGAAGAUAUGCAUGUUAAAUCUUCUGAAUCUAAAGGUGCCAAUAAAAAACACUUUUGUUUCUAUUGUAAGAAAUUACAAACAAAAAUUGCGAGACAUUUGGAAUUUAUCCACCGUACCGAAGAAGUGAAAAAAUUUAUUUAUUUACCAAAAGGAAAUUUUGAGCGAGAAAAAAUUAUAGAAACUAUUAGAAAAAAAGGAGAUUAUCUGUUCAAUACAGAUCGAUGUUAUAAUACAACGGAACUAAUUGUAUGUCGUAGACCAUCAGCAUUGAAAAAAAGAAGUGCAACUGACUUUAUUUGCUGUGCAUCAUGUAAAGGAUAUUUUACGAAGAAUAAUAUAAGGCACCAUAGUGCUACUUGUUUACAUCAGCAAGGGAAGAGAUGUGUAAACAUACUUGGCAGGAAAAUUAGUGGUAGGAUUCAUCGUGAUGCAUUAAAUAUAUUAAGGACUAAAAUAUUUCCAAUAUUAAGAGAUGACGAAGUAACACGAAUUAUUAGAUACGAUAGCUUAAUUAUAUUAUAUGGAAACAAGAUGAACACAAAAUAUUGUCAACAAUAUCAAGAGGAUAUGAUCCGCGCUCGUUUGAGACUCAUAGGACGCUUUUUAAUAGCGUUAAAAAGAAUACAACCAGCUAUAACUGAUUUCUCAUCAUUAUAUGAUCCUCGUUUCUAUGACGAUUGUAUAUCCGCUGUACGUGUGACUGUACGUUACAACGCGGAAAAUAAUAUGUUUGGCGCACCGUCUGUAGCAUCAGGGAUUAGGAACGCUUUUGAAAGAAAUCGGAAAAAUAUUAAUCUCAAAUUUUAUUAAGAAACAUAUGGCAAAGACAAAGAAAAAUGCUGAAGACUUUUUACUCCUAUUAGACGAAGAUUAUACAACCAGUAUAAAUAAAACUGUCGAAGAAACUAUAACUACAAAUAAACGGCAGAAACAAAUUAUUUUACCAAAUAUGAAAGAUAUACAAGUGUUACAUGAAUACCUAUUACAAGAAAGAAAAUCUAGUUACGAGAAAUUACAAAGAAGCUUUUCAUAUAACUGGCUUUCUUUAAAUAAGAGUACUCUUCUAUCUAUACUUUUAUUUAAUAGAAGAAGGCCAGGUGAACUGGAGCACGUGCUAAUCGAAGAUUUUGAAAAAUAUGAAAGUUUAAAUGAAAUUAUCCUGAUUUAUUUAAUACUUUAACGGAAAAAAUGAAAAAAUUAGCAAAAAAAUAUGUGAGGUUUACAAUAAGAGGUAAACUCGGAAGAUCAGUGCCUGUUCUUUUAUCAGCUAAUUUAGUACAGUGUAUACAAAUGAUACUAAAUCAUAGAAAAAAGUUAAAGUGUUCCAAAAGAAUCCAUAUAUAUUCGGUCUUCUUUCAGCAGUUAAUAAUCGUUACAAAUAUUUAAUAGCCUGUGAUUUGAUGCGAGAGUAUUCAUCAGCAUGUGAAGCCGUGUACCUUAUAGUUUACAAAGUACUCAAUUGCGCAAACAUUGCGACGCAAUGUGGAAUUUUGGAUAUAUCUGAAUCUCAGACAUUGCUUUUGGCUGACCAUAUGGGACAUGAUAUAGCAAUCCAUAAAAGACAUUACAAGCAAGCAUGUCUUAAUAAAGAAAUUCUGCAAUUGUCGAAGUUAUUAGAGAAAGCAUCGGGUAAUGAUGUAGAAGAUAAUGCUGAUGAUGAAAACGAGAAAAUUUACAAUGCACCAACUAAUGGACCAAAUAAAACUAGAAGUAGAAACUCCGAUUCAGAAUAUGAUGAUGCACCAGUUAAUGAACAAGAUGAAAAUGAAACUGGAAACUCUGAUUCAAAUUAUAAAGACGAGAUACAAAAAGAAUUACAAACAGUUGCAUCUAUAAGCAAGACACAACGUAGUACAUUUUCGUACAGUAAAAUAAAACGAGUUCGAUGGAGUGAACAAGAGCGAAAUACAGUGCUAAAGGCAUUUAAUGAAAAAAUAGAAAAAUCGCAACUGCCUUCACUAAAAGAUAUUCAGAUUUUUAAAACUAAAAACAAAUGCCUUAAUAAUCGUACUCCAUCGCAAAUAAAAACAUAUUUACACAACUUAAUAUCAGGAAAAAGCAAGUUAUAAAAUAGUCCAUACAUGCAUGAUAUGGCAGUUAAUCAGAUUCAUUUUAUUUUAUUAACUAUUUCAGAAGAUAUUACAAAGUGAUAUAAGAUAGUAUGACUAAUUAUUUUAUACAUUCACCAAAAUAGAUUAAGUUAGUUAUUGUAUUUAUAUAUUUUCAUAUUUCUAAAUUUUCGAACAAAAAAACUGGCUAGAUUUAAUUAAACUUAUUAUAUCUAUUUUUUUUUAUAUA